AUGCAAGUCAGAGGCCUUGCAGCCGCUUUGAACAGCAAUGGGAGAUACAAGUACAAGGCACCCGAGUUCGCAGUCGACUACCUCGUUGUGGGAGGCGGGGUUGUCGGUCUAGCCAUAGCAAGACAGUUGGUACAACGCUUUCCAUCUAAAGCCACUUUCUUGGUGGAGAGACACCACAGGCCGGGAGAAGAGAUCAGCUCAAGGAACUCCGAAGUGAUACAUGCAGGACUCUACUACCCCGCCGAUUCCCUGAAGACACGACUAUGCCUCCGAGGAAGGCACCUCAUGUACCAGUACUGCAACCAGCAGAACGUGCCGUACAAGAAGGUAGGCAAGUUGGUCGUCGCACGCGCUGAACAACGCGCCUACAUCGAGGGGUUGCACACCAAAGCCCGAGGUAUCUGCUGGCCAGCACUUACGCCGGCCCAUCUAUGCGACAACCCGGUUCUUCCCACGGAGCUUAUCAGCGGGGAGCGUGCGAGAGAGCUCGAACCCGACCUUUCGAAUGAGAUCGUGGCUGCACUGUGGAGCCCCGAGACCGGCAUCGUCGACUCGCAUUCAUUCAUGGAGAGUCUCGACAAGGACAUAUCAGACGCAGAAGGUGGUGAGGUCGCAUACCAGACCCGCAUUGUCCGGGUCGACCCACACCGGGGAGACCCGCGUUCGUCUGACGCGGGUUGGGUGGUGCAGACGGUCACUGGAGAUGGCGAAGGAGAUGGCGACGCCAUGCUUGCACGGACGCUGAUCAAUUGUUCUGGUCUCUCCGCGCACCUCAUCCUCAACUCAUUGCUUCCAAGGGAAUCUCGCAUACCCAUGUUCUACGGACGCGGCUCGUACGCGUCAUAUCGAGGCCCUGGUAUCAAGCACGUCUCCCACUUGAUCUACCCUUGUCCCCAGACUGGUCGCACAAUGCAUGGCUUCCAGUCGCUGGGAACACAUCUCACGCUCGAUUUAGAUGGCAAGAUUAAAUUCGGACCCGAUCUGGACUGGCUGAACCCGCCACCCUCCAGCGCAAGCGAUGAAGCUGUUGUGCAUGGCGCUGAUCCCGACUUCUGGCAGAAGUAUCUUGUCCCGGAUGACACACGAUUGGGCAUGAUGCAUGAAGCUGUAACGGACUAUUUACCCGGAGUGGUGAGGGAAGGAUUGCAGCCCGACUAUUGCGGGGUUAGACCAAAGCUAGUUGGGCCGCAAGGUGGGUUCCGGGACUUUGAGUUCCACACUCACUAUCCAGGGUCAUUCCUUGGGGUUCAAGCUGAAGGCAAAGAACGGCGACCUAUGAUUACCUUACUUGGGAUCGAAAGUCCCGGUUUGACGUCCAGUCUUGCAAUUGCGGAAAGGGUCGUAGAAGUUAUGUUAUGCCAAGAGAAUGGGCAUGUACCAGAGUAA